AUGUCCCUCCGCUUCGUCCCUAACAAGGCGCACCCCACGCAAACCGCUCUCGAGACUUCGGCACCCUCUGCUCCCGGUGUCCACGACACGCUGCGAUCUCGCCUCGCCCAGACUUCCAUAGCACCUACCGCAUCGUCGUCGUCGACAGCACCCGUCGCUCUUCAGUCUGCCCACCCACUCGAGGCUCGUCUUACCCAAUGGCGAGACACCCAAGAUCGCCUGAAGAUGGAAAUGCUGAGGCGACAGUUUGGCAUUGCAGAGCCAGUGCGUAGGGGUAUGGAGCUCAAGAUCGCUGAGGCAGGCGAGUGGAGGCCGGCAACCCUGGGCGGAAGCAGUGGCGUUCACCGGGACAUUCUGCAGGGACGAGAUUGUGAAAUUGGCUGGGAGGAUGUGUUCACAGGCAGCGAGCUACGUGAGGUGCCAGACUUCCACACGGAGAUUGAGCACAAGAUGAAGAUGAACUGGUAG